CGAAUGGGAAGGAGCCGCCCGCGGACAACGAGGGGCGUGUUGCUUCUCGAACGCGUCAUCACAUCCGGGAAUUUCUCGUUUUGAGAAUGACUUUAAGUCUAGCAUCCUCUUCUACAAAAACAUCUUUUUGUGAGCAUUAUCCCAUCCAUGUUAUGCUUGUAAAUUCCGGACUGCGUAGUGUCCUUCGAGACUCAGCUAGUCCUUCUUUUCAAGAGAAUCCUUUGCAUUAUUUCCAGCCCGAUUCUUUUAUGUUCAAGGGGAAAAUGGCGACCCACGCUGGUCAAGCCCCUAGUUGGCGCCACUGCACCCCUUUUUCGAGAAUGUCGAGAGUGUUCCGUCAAAUAUUAUUAUCGGUCGUUGGAACCUUCGCCGCCAUUGGAUUUCUUUGCAGUUUGGAACGUGUCCUGGGGUUCCUGGUUGCAAACCCUCCCGACAUGUUCCAACGGACUCUCAACAACGGUGCCCAAAAUAAAAUCCCGGAGCAUUUCGAUUUCGCACACUGGCCCACGGAUGCCACGGCAGAUAAAAGACCAAUCCACUGCCAUUCUCACAACGACUACUGGAGGAAGAUCCCACUGUACUCGGCAAUCGACUCUGGUUGCAGCAGCGUUGAAGUCGAUUUAUGGCUUGUUGAUACUGAGGUAUAUGUAGGGCACAGAAGAUUGACGCUGACCUCGGAGCGCACCUUAAGCAAUUUGUACCUCGACCCCCUGCUGAGGCUGUUAGAAAUGCAGAAUCCGAUAUCUCCUUUUUAUUCAGACAAAGAAUAUCCACUAGAACCGAACGAGAACUACCCUCUCAACGGCGUUUUCGACACCGAUCCGACACAGACUCUUAUUCUUCUGGUCGACUUCAAGUCCUAUGGUCCAGGUAUCUGGUGGGAACUACGAUCACAAUUAUCGCCGCUUCGAGACAGAGGCUACCUAACCUAUUUCGACGGCACAGAUAUCGUGGAAAGGCCAGUCACGGUAGUCGGAACUGGGAACGCGCCGUUCGAGUGGCUGACAGCAAAUGAAACGUAUCGAGAUGUGUUCUUCGACGCACCAUUAGCUGAGCUGGCGGAUUAUUCCUUGGUGUGGCCGAAUCCUAAUCGCGCUAAAGACCCAUCACCAUCUUGUCAAAAACGACAUCCUGGAAUUCUGGGCACUACGCCUAAGUCCCGAUCAGUCUCAGGAACCACAGCAUGUGAGGAAAGGCAAGACGGUAACGGAGAAAAUGGCAUGGGGAGAGUUUGGCCUGUGACUGACCAAAGCAAUCUCCUCUACAACACGUCUAAUAGUUAUUACGCCUCCGUCAGCUUUACGGAGUCCAUUGGGCGCAUUUUUGGGUCUAGAUUAACCCAAGACCAGCUCCAGCUAAUUCGGAGUCAGAUUCGAGGAGCUCAUCGACGAGGUCUGAAGGUGCGCUAUUGGGGUAUUCCGCAGUGGCCGAUCGGACUUCGGAAUCAUAUAUGGCAUAUUUUGAUGCGGGAAGGUGCAGACGUCCUCAGUGUAGACGACUUGUACGGAGCAACACAGACUGAUUGGAGAAGGGAACGGAGUCGAUCAGGAUGAUAGGAGCCAUUGACAAACAGCCAUACUCUCAGCGGACGGCGCUAGACAAAUCAUUCAACUCACCCUCGCUCCCUUGGGGGUUUAAUUUCAUGACUUUCAAUUUCAACUACAUUUCAAUUUGAAUGCUUGUAGUUGCACUUACGAAGGGUACAGAGCAUCGUUCAGGGUUAGGAUCGAAUAUUUUUGAUGGUAAUGGAUCCCGGCUUCGAAAGAAAUACUUCUAGUGUGGCCGCAUAUGUUGGACGACAAAAGAAGACAGAUAUUUAAACCCAUGCCACUUACCCCUGCGAAGAUGCCCAUACCAAUCCUUGACAUCUUCAAGACCACUCUGAUCGCAUUCGAUGAAUAAGAUUCGCCAUGAGUUCAAAAUCGGAGGAAAUUUACUACAGCAUCAAAAAUGUCGAACCAAUGAUCAUAGCACAAAUACAAGAGCGGUGCAGAGAAAAGCGGCCUAGACAAUGUAGUUCACUGUUAUGAACUCUGCCAACGGCGAGGCAAAUCUCGUUCAGUCGCGGUCUUCAUUGGAGAGAUUGGAAGCCUUAUUCGGCAAAGGCAACGUUUUUCGGUCCAUGAAGAACUUGAGGAGCAUGAAAUAUUGUACAUGAACUAAAGUCUAGCCCUGGGCAGAGAAACAAGAAGUCCGAAAGAGAUGGGACUUCAAAAUCACCGAACGAAGGCAUUGAGAGUGGGAAGAACACAGACGAAUGGCAUAGUCUCUCGAGGGGCAGAUGUAAGGAAUUUGACAGAGAUAUGCACUUUCGCAAACCGAAAGUGGAGGGAAAGAAGAUAAAG